AUCAUAAUCAUAAUCGUUAUAGUUAUCACGGUAGUAGUCAUAGUAGCACGACUUCACUAUUGAGUUUCGAACUUGGUCCACCACGAACUAGAACUAAAAAUGACACGAGAAGUAUAAAUUCUCUGGAUUCCAAUAAAUCUUCUACUUCAAUACUAGCUAACCAUUCGAGAUCAAAAAAGAAUACUUUACCUGAACCUUCAAAACCGCGUAAACCUCAUCUUGCAAGUUUAUCACGUGAAAACCGUAAGGGAGAUUAUGACAUACAUGAUGGUCAUCUUAAAGAUAACAUUCCUCCUCAGAAUGUUCCCCCAAUUUCUCCUAUGAGAAGCAAUUCUCGAUUUAAAGAACAAUUAGAAGGCCCUUCUUUAAAACCUGGUAUUUUAUUAGGUCGAAGACGACUAUCAGAUGUAUCGGGUACUCACUCCUCACGAAAUUUGAUCUCUAGUAAUUCAAAUACGAUCGCGGCAAAAUCUUACACUUCCUUAAUAGAUUCUGGUUUUAAAAACAACAAAGAUGUUGAUGUUUUUUCACCUUCUCGAUCUCGUCGAAGUUCAAAUUCUAGUAUAAAAUCUUAUUUGAUUAAGCAAGUUCAUUCAUUAUCUUCAAAAGGAAAAUCUUCAACUCUAGAUUCAACAUCAAAAUCUUAUAAUAAUUAUUGGCCUGUUACAGAAGAUGUUACAUCAUAUCCUGAUCUAUCUUAUCCUCAUUCACCGACUCUUCCAUCAAAAAGUUCAAGUCGUUCAUUUAAAGCUCCUUCAUUUGGUAAAAAACAUAAAUUACAAAAAACUAAUAGUGAAACUGAAUUGAGAACUUUAAAAAAAAUGUGGUCGGAUUUCGGUUAUGAAAAGGGUAAUCCUAUUUUACAUAAUUUGACUCCACAUGUUGAAGAUGAUGGAGAAAAUCCUACUGAACAUUUAUCCGCAGCAAAUGUUACUGCGGAAGGAAAUGAUAAUCAUAAUAAUCUUCGUGAACAACUUUUUCGCAAACUCGUUACAAAGAAGAGCUCAAAUAGCUUAAACACUAAAAAGAAAUCAUAUCCGAGUAAUUUACUUAAAAUUCCUCACGUAUUUUUGCGUUCUAAUGAGGAAGGAACUUCGGAAGUUGUUCAAACCAUUGAUGAAAAAUCCUUUUCGAAUUCGUUGAAAGGACUUGAACUUUACAAGGAUGGAAUUAUUACUGAAAUGAUUGACGGAAGUCCACAAAUUCUUGCUGGAACGUUGGAAAAAUUGUUGUCUAGAUUAAUCGACGAAGAAGAAAAAGAUACCGAAUUUAUCGAUUGUUUCUUGUUAAACCAUAUUCUCUUUAUAUCAUCAGAAUUUUUAUUACAAGAAAUGAUUAACAGAUACCGAAUUUUUAAUUCGCGAAAUGAUGAUGAUAAAUUAGACAUCCAACAGCGAACGUUUCUUAAAAAUAUAAUAUCGGUACUUUAUCGAUGGGUAACCAUUCAACCACAAGAUUUUCAAAUUGAUAUGACUUUACGUGAUAGUAUGAGUACAUUUUUGACAGAUGAAGUUACGGAAGAAGAAUUUCAAUCAGAAGUUAGUAAAAUAAAAACAAUAUUAGAGAUUCAGUCUCUAAUUUCGAUUGAUAAAAUUAAGAAUCAAAGGAAAAGUCAAUCGACCACAACAACUUUCACAAACACUGAUAAUAUACCACGACCAAUAAUAUCAGAUUCUUCACCAUUAUUAGAAUUCGAGUCAAAAAAUAUAGCAAAAUAUUUAACAUUAAUAGAUUUUGCUGUAUUAAAAUCCAUGACAUUUUUCGAUAUUACAAUAUGGUGGAAAAAGAGAAAAGCGUUGGAAAACAGUGGGAGUUCUAAUAAUGCUCUCGGCAGAGAGAAUCAAUCGAUCAAUCUUAUCGAAAGUCAUUUAGAUUCUUUUAUAAGAAGAUCCAACAUGGUAAUUAAAUAAAUUACCAGAAAUUUUUAUCAUUACCAUGUUUAAUACUAAGUUUUGAAAUAUUUCCAAUUACAGAUAAGUCAUUGGAUCGCGCAUGAGAUUUGCAGUUUAAAAACUGUUAAGGCGCGUCGAACUUUACUUCACAAAUUCAUUGAAACAGCGAGAGUACGUAUUAACAAAGAUU